AUGUCCUACUACAGAGAAGAUGAAGAUCUUCGACAAUUCCAAGACGUUCUUCUUGCCGUGACACGAAUUUUGGGGUUUCUCUCUAACGAUGAAGUUUUCAAGAUAGUGCACGGUUUCUCCAUGACCGAAUACAUAUACGAGCGUCGCUUCUGCGCCGACGAAAUUCGCCAGGUGGCCGACGACCUCGAGCGCGUAGUAAAAGGCACAGGGAUUGCGAAAACGACGGCUGGUUCUGUUGGGGUAGUAUCAGGAGUUGCAGCUCUUGGCGGCCUUUUCCUGGCGCCUUUCACGGCAGGUGUAUCUCUUGUUCUCACAGUGGGGGGUGUUGUCGGUGGAAUCGCCUCCUCUGCUACAGCGCUCACAGCUUCCGUAGUCAAAUACACAAGCGUCAAAGGAAGAGCGGAAAAAGUCAAGGAAUUGCUGGAUUCUCUCAAAGACAAAGAUGAGGUGGUCUGCAACAUCAUUAGAGAUCUUCAGAGAAAGGUCGAGAAGUUGCGAUCGCUCUAUGGGAAAGAGAGUGUCAUAUCUUUCCUUGGGGACGGCGCGAAAAUUGCAAUGUGGAUCAAGCAAGUUGGAUACAAUAUUGUCUACAAGGGAUACACUGUGGUCUCGUCGUUAAAGGCCAUCAAGUUUUCGACUGCAAUCGCUAGAUUCAUCCAGGCAGAUGUCCAAGGCAUGGCAAUAGGAAUUGCUGCCCCAGGGUUCAAACUAUUUGGGAAAACUCUAUUCCUGGCAGGCUCAACGAUCGCAAAAGUUUUGAGCGGUGUGUUCAGCGUCAUAGGUAUUGCAGUCGGGAUAUGGGACAUUGUGGAUGGGGCUUCGGACAUCAAGAACGGCUCACAGCAUGCAACGGCGUAUCGCAAAGCUGCAGAGGAUAUGGAUCAACAGACAGUCGAGUAUCAGGAACUGCUGAUUAAGAUACGCUUAUAG